UCUUUUUGUAACGCCACUUAAAAAGCUGCAAUUUGAAAAUUUUCUUCUGCUUCUAAAUUUUCUGGUUCAGAUGAGUGAGAAGCGCUAACCGUUCAAAUUUACAUAGUGAUUCUGUUUCUACAAGUUUGGUUUUAAGUGAAGCCAUGUUGAGAAGAAGUGAAAGACUUCAGUCUGUGGGCUGUUACAGCAGAGAAGGAGAGCCGAUAAUCUCCUACAAGGAGACUUUAUACAGAAUUUUCAAAAGGCGACGGCUCCGUCCUCGUCCUGGCCCCGACACUGCUGACCACGACGACGUUGAUUCUGACUACACUAUAGUCAGUGACAGCAGCAGAGGUCUCUUUGGAGCCACCAAGGCAUUGGGACUUUUGGUCCUCAUGCUGGCGUUGUGUUUUGGAUUGAUUUUCGGUAUUGGAGGGCCCAAAAUUGACUUUUCCACCCCGUUCAUGAGUAAGUUGCAGUACUUAAUGAGCGAACAUGAACAGGUGGAAAGGCAGUUACAACAGCUGCAAAGGGAGUUCAUGGACAUUAAAAAAAGGAUGGACUUCCUUCUUCCAGUUGGGGACAGGAUGCCCAACUUUGCUCUGGAGGAACUGGGAGCAAAGAUGGUAAAAGAACAGUCUUCAGCAUCCUACCUUCCAGAACAGUCUGGAUUGAAGCUGUGGGGGCUUACAUUAAUACCUGCAAAACCACCAUGUGUAAGACCAAGAGUGGUUAUUCAGGGUCGAGCACCCAUGGUCCCAGGAGUGUGUUGGAGUUUUGCAGGCUCCCAGGGACAUUUAACAGCUGAGCUCUCCCACAGCAUCACGAUCAGUCAUGUGACACUGGGUCAUAUUUCUAAGAUGGUGUCACCAUCUGGAAAGAUCUCCAGUGCUCCCAGGAUGUUUUCAGUGUUUGGAAAGAGAGCGUUAGGCGACAGUGGCGUCCACCUGGGAACAUUUCUAUAUGAUGAAAAUGGAGAUCCACUGCAGACAUUCAGGAUACCCGACCACAAAGUAGAUGUCAUCCGCUACGUCACGCUGCAUGUGUUGAACAACUUGGGCAACCACAAGUAUUCCUGUCUGUACAGCUUCGGAGUUCAUGGAAAGCUGACAUAACCAGCUUCCCAUGAACUACAAAUAUAUAAGAAAAGAGAGGGAAAAUGUGACAGUGAAUCAGACUCCAAAACAUAUUUAAAUAAUUGCAUUAGAAAACAAUGUCCAUUUAACCCCAUUUUUUUCCAGCGAACAUCCAUCCUACCAGGUAAGACGUGUCUGAUUAAGAUGUUUGCAGUCUGAUUCACCUCACCCCCAACCAGCCAUGGCAGAGGACUUGCCCCUCCCUGAGCCUGGCUCUGCUGGAGGUUUCUUCCUGUUAAAAGGGAGUUUUUCCUCCCCACUGUUGCCAAGUGCUUGCUCAAAGGAGAUCAUCUGAUUGUUGGGGUUUUCCAUCUCUUAUACUGUAGGGUUUUUACUUUACAUAUACAGUGCUUAACAAAUUUAUUACAACACCCGUCAUAAAAAUAAGAACACCCCAAAUUUUUUAAACCUGUAAUUCUGGUCUACUGGUUUUGUUAAGCACUGUGUUAUUGUGAAU